AUGUCUCAAGUCUCAGGAAAGCAAGACUCCAUCAAAGGCAAGAUUGAGAAGACAUCUUCUGGAGUCAAGGAGAAUUCACCAUCUCUGAAUUCAUCUUCUGAGUCCAAGAACUCAGAACCAGAGAAUGAAGCUCACGAGGAGGUCUCUUCUGAGGAGUCUACCAAAUCUCCUCCAUCUGUUCAUGAAAUUUUAGAUGUUGAUGACUCAGAUGAUGUUCCUCUGGCAAGUGUUGCUGCUAGGAUGAAGAAGAGAAGAAGGGUUCCUGUUGAAGACACCUCCUCUGGUUCACAAAAGAAGGCUAAAUCCAUUAUGGAUGUGAAGAGCAAAGGUAAACAAAAGGCUGUGGAUUCCUCACACAAGAAGGUAAAGAAAACUGCUGAGAAGAAGAAAAUUCCAAGGAUUGAUUUGGAAUCUGAGUCUGAUGUUGAAGUCGAUGUUCAGGACAUUCGGACUUCUGAAAAGAAGAAAUUCUUUGGUAAGCGAAUUCCUUCAGAUGUUCCUUCUUUCCCUAUUGAUAAUGUUUCCUUUCAUGCUGCUGAGAAUGUUCUCAAGUGGAAAUAUGUUUGCAACCGCCGGAUUGCAAAAGAAAGGGAGAUUGGCAAGGAUGUGCUUGAGUGUAAGAUGAUUGUUGCUCUCAUUGACCGGGCUGGUCUAAGGAAGACAGUCAUGGAUAUUGGAAAGUGUUAUGAGAAGCUAGUGAAAGAGUUCCUAGUUAAUUUGACAGAUGAUGUUGGUAUUCCUGGAAGUGCUGAAUUCUGGAAAGUUUAUGUGCGAGGGAAGUGUGUAACUUUUUCUCCUGCUGUGAUCAACCAAGCCCUUGGAAGAAGUGUUGUGGAGUUUGUUGAGGAAGAAUUGUCUUUGGACAAGGUUGCCAAGGAACUCACAGCUGGACAAGUGAAGAAGUAG